GCGGUGGCCCCGUGCUGGUCCCGCCCCUCCCGCGCAUGCGCAGUUGCCGCCAUGGCGCCGCUCCCAGUCCAUGUCCUUUACUGCGGAGCCUGAGGCUACAAACCCAAGUUUGAGAAGCUGAAGCGGGAACUGGAGCGGCGCUUCCCGGGAGCCCUGCACGUGAGCGGCCAGGGCACCCCGGAGGUGACGGGAUGGUUUGAGGUGACCGUGGGGGGACACCUGGUCCACUCCAAAAAGAACGGCGAUGGCUUCGUGGACAGCGACCCCAAACUGCGCAGGAUCGUGGCCGCCAUCGAGUCCCGCCUGGCCUAGGCCCCGCUAGGGGGCCGCCGUCGCGACGCGUCGCGAUAUAGCGCCCGAUAUCGGCGGAUGUCGCGAUAUAUCGGGAGAUACCGAUGGAUAUCGCCAUGUACUGGCAGAUGCCGAUAGGUAUCGUGAUACACCAGGAAAUAUCAGGAGAUAGCGCCAGGCGUUGCGAUAUAUCGGGAGAUACCGGUGGGUAUCGCGAUAUAUCAGCAGAUAUCAGCAGAUAUCACGAUAUAUCGGGAGAUACCGCCAGAUAUCAUGAUAUAUCGGGAGAUACUGCUGGGUAUCACGAUAUAU